UUCGAGUCCGGUGCAGCAGUGGCGGAAGAACGGUGCCGAGGUGGUGAGAGUUCUAGUGAAGCUCCGGCGACGGAUUUAAAGUCUCCGACAACUCACGACCUUCCGGCAGAACUCCGAUGGGUUUCACGGCAGCGACGGCGGCAACGAUGGGUGAACAGGGCGACGGUAUUUCGGCAGCCUACACCCACUCGUUUACAGAUCAUCGAAAAUCUACAUGUAUGGUAUUGUUCAGGACACACGUGCGUGUUCCUAACGGAGUCUGGCAUCGGGCUUAUGUACUUUCAAUUAAAAGAUUUCAAACCCAGCAUGUGGAUGGGAGACGCAGUUAUCAACUGCUUUGCGACAUUCCUAAAUUACGAAGAAGUUAACGGUAGAAAGCCGACCAAGGGGAAAAGCAAAGAGGUUUACAAAAAAAUUGGCGAACGUCGCCGUCUUUUCUGCCACACGGUUUGUUUUAACGACAACGUCUUAUGUAACACGAAGUACAAUGACAAGGGUCGGUUGGAGAAGUUCAGCAGUGCGUUGCUGAUGGUGCUGAAUAAGGAUGCUUCAUUUUUGAAGCUGACAGGUUAUACGAUAAUUGUUUUCCCAAUACUGGAAAAUCAUCACUUUUAUCUGGUUAGUUUUGACAUGGAAAAGGUGGCAAUAAGUGUAAUUGACAACAUGCGUGCUAGUGAGAGCAUCUUGCGUUCAUUUUGUCAACUAACAUUUGGGGUCUCUUUCGCCGAUGAAAUCUCGGAUAUCUCUUCCACAAUUUUUAUAGUCAAUAACCGUGCCCUGUACGUUAUGAUUACCAUCUUUUAUGACAACCUGGAGUUUGUGGGAUUUCAUGGGACCAAUGUUAGCAUUACGACAUUUUGCUAUAAACUCGGUGGUGGAAAAAUCUAGCUUCCUCUUCUUUAUAGAUAAAUCAAGAUUUUUAGGAGACGUAAACCCAUGGUAAUGUUGUUCUACCCAGUCAUAUAAUUCAGCCUCAUCUGUAUCUUUCAGACGUUUAAAUAUUUCACAGGCUUUAUAAUCUGUAACUUUUAUGUUUAAGCGUGUUUUGGUGGAAAUAUUAUCAACCUCAGACGGUUGACCGUCGGUUGCCUUUAGGUUUGUUGGCUCUAGAACACAAGACAUAUCGCAGAUUUGUUAUUUUUUUUUGUCGCCGAUCUUUUCUUUCUUAGAAGUACCCAACCGUGUACAAAAACCUGCAAGUUGUGCAUAUUCCUCGUACAUUGCAAUAGCAGCUUCCAUCGAACUAAAUCUCGCAUUGAAAAAGGGUUUGAAACCGGGCAGAACAACUGGCGUCCAAUACCUACUGCCGUUAGGUGUUUCGUAUACGUUGCUAGCAACUGACUCUGAUCAUUAAUAGAAAAAAGCUUUAGGAAGUUGUUAUACGAAUUAAUAUAUCAUAAAAAAAGCUAGCAAAAAAAUAAAUUACAUGCUUUCAAUUACCCUGACAUAACAAAUCAGUUAUACGAAACACCUAACGGCAGUAGGUAUUGGACGCCAGUUGUUCCGUUCGGUUUCAAACCCUUUGUCAAUGCGAGAUUUACUUCGAUGGAAGCUGCUGCAAUGUACGAUGAAUAUGCACAACUUGCAGGUUUUUGUACACGGUUGGGUACUUCUAAGAAAGAAAAGAUCGGCGACAAAAAAUAACAAAUCUGCGAUACGUCUUGUGUUCUAGAGCCAACAAACCUAAAGGCACCGAUGGUCAACCGUCUAAGGUUGAUACUAUUUCCCCCAAAAGACGCUCAAACAUAAAAGUUACAGAUUGUAAAGCCUGUGUAAAAUUUAAACGUCUGAAAGAUACAGAUGAGGUUGAAUUAUAUGACUGGGUAGAACAACAUAACCAUGAGUUUACGUCUCCUGAAAAUCUUGAUUUAUCUCUAAAGAAGAGGAAGCUUGAUUUUCCACCACCGGGUUUAUAGCAAAAUGUCGUAAUGCUAACAUUGGUCCCACGAAAUCCCACAAACUUGAGGUUGUCAUAAAAGGCGGUCAUCAUAACGUACAGGGCACGGUUGUUGACUAUAGAAAUUGUGGGAGAGAUAUCAUCGGUGAAAGAGACGCCCAAAUGUUAGUUGACAAAAUGAACGCAAGAUGCUCUCACUAGCAUGCAUGUUGUCAAUUACACUUAUUGCCACCUUUUCCAUGUCAAAACUAACCAGAUAAAAGUGAUAAUUUUCCAGUAUUAUUGGGAAAACAAUCACCGUAUAACCUGUCAGCUUCAAAAGUGAAGCAUCCUUAUUCAGCACCAUCAGCAACGCACUGCUGAACUUCUCCAACCGACCCUUGUCUUCGUAAUUCGUGUUAAAUAAGACGUCGUCGUUCUACAUAUUUAAAUUAACAAACAAUCAAUACCUGAAAUUUUUCCAAAAGUAAUUAAAAAAGAUUUACAAAUAUAAGUAAACUAAUCACUUACAAAACAAACCGUGUGGCCGAAAAGACGGCGAUGUUCGCCAAUUUUUUUGUAAACCUCUUUGCUUUUCCCCCUGGUCGUCUUUCUACCGUUAACUUCGUAAUUUAGGACCUUCGUAAUUUAAGACCGUCGCAAAGCUGUUGAUAACUGCGUCUCCCAUCCACACGCUGGGUUUGAAAUCUUUUAAUUGAAAGUACGUAAGCCCGAUGCCAGACUCCGUUAGGAACACACACGUGUGUCCUGAACAAUACCAUACAUAUAGAUUUUCUGUUGUCAAUACACUAGUGUAUACGCCACUACAACUCAAAAAGAUCAGAUGUUACUCAUUGCAAUUCCAAACUAAUAUACGUUAGGUACUUAAUACACUUAGUUUAAUAAAGUUCUUUUCAUUUA